CCAGAGGAUAACGGCGGUUGCUGCUGUGUCGAGCUGAUGCUGAUGCUGAUGCUGCUGCUGCUGCUGCUGGAGGAUCUGCAUCACUGUUUUGGCUCCAGAUGUGAAGACUGUCCCCGCUGAAUGAAGAUGAGUGCGAGCGUUUCAAGGACGGAUGGAUUUAACGAGAGGGAAUAAUAAUAACAAUAAUCAUAAUUCCAACAAACAUGCUGCCCUGACGAUUCUCCUCUCUGGGAUGCGGUCAUAGUUUGAGGCCGGACAUGGUUUUAAUCUGAUGAGUUGCUGUAGCUGUGGUGGAUGCGGGAUGAUGUGCGCCGCACCCCGGGAGAGAUACUAGACAAUUGGAGGAACACUGCGCGGGCCUUGAACGCAUCAUAGCCGAUCCGGAUUUUGUAUUUAAUUUAAUUUGUUGUGGUUCCUGUGAGCCUCUUGUUGUCUGUGGCUGACUGGGACUGUGUUUUGGUGGUGGAGGAGGGGGACCUCCUAAAUGUGGAGGGACUGCGUCUGAGAGGAUCUGUUGCUCCCACCCAGAGAGGAGAGCCAGGGCUGAGCUGCUCACCUUCUCAUCUCUACACACAAUAAUAACCUUUCACGAUGGCCGAGAAGACGCAGGAGCCGGGCUCGGUCAGCAUUCCCAUGGAGGAGACCAAAGCUCUCACCGGAGCACCUCAGGAGGCGCCGCUGCUCGUCCACCUGAAGAAAGUGGAGAACCACAUCACCGAGGCCCAGCGCUUCUCCCACCUCCCACGUCGCUCUGCUGUGGACCUGGAGUUCAAUGAGCUCUCCUACACCAUCCGAGAGGGUCCCUGGUGGAGGAGGAGAGGUUACAAAGCCCUCCUCAAGUGCCUGUCAGGAAGAUUCAGCAGCAAAGAGCUGAUUGGCAUCAUGGGGCCGUCUGGAGCCGGGAAAUCCACUCUGAUGAAUAUUCUGGCAGGGUACAGGGAGACGGGCAUGAAGGGCAAGGUAAUGGUGAAUGGACGCCCGCGGGACCUGAGGACCUUCAGGAAGAUGUCGUGCUACAUCAUGCAGGAUGACAUGCUGCUGCCACACCUCACUACCAGGGAGGCCAUGAUGGUGAGGUCAUUCGAAACAAAGAGAUUCCCGGAACCUCCCUUAAUCCUUUUACUCAGAAAUCAUGUGUUUGUCUUUCAGGUUUCUGCCAAUCUGAAACUGAACGAGAGCAUGCAGGUCAAAACAGAACUUGUGGAUGAGAUCCUGACUGCUCUGGGUCUUCAGGAGUGCGCACAGACACGCACCAACGCUCUCUCAGGGGGUCAGUGUAAAAGACUGGCCAUCGCCCUCGAGCUGGUCAACAAUCCUCCCGUCAUGUUCUUUGAUGAGCCCACCAGUGGUCUGGACAGCGCGUCCUGCUUCCAGGUCGUUUCCCUCAUGAAGUCUCUGGCUCUGGGAGGACGGACAAUCAUCUGCACUAUUCAUCAGCCCAGUGCCAAGCUCUUUGAGAUGUUUGAUAAGCUCUACAUCCUCAGUCAGGGUCAAUGCAUAUACAAGGGGACGGUCCCUUACCUCAUCCCUUAUCUGAAGAACCUGGGCCUCCAUUGCCCCACGUAUCACAAUCCAGCUGAUUUCAUCAUUGAGGUGGCAUCAGGGGAGUAUGGAGACCUGAAUCCAGUGCUGUUCGAGGCCGUCCAGGGUGGACUAUGUUCCGAGGAAGGGAAGAAGAACAAAAACGAUCCGUCCUGUCCCUCGCAGUGUCCCCCUGAAAUAGGAACUCUGGAGAAACACAGCUUUGCCACCAGUACAUUCACACAGUUCUGCAUCCUCUUCAAAAGAACCUUCAUCACAAUAUGCAGAGACACGGUGCUUACCCACCUCAGGGUCAUGUCCCAUCUGUUUAUUGGAGUGCUGAUUGGUUUGCUUUAUCUCAAAAUCGGAAAUGAUGCCAGCAAGGUCUUCAACAACACCGGUUUCCUCUUUUUCUCCAUGCUGUUCCUCAUGUUCGCUGCCCUGAUGCCCACUGUCCUUACCUUUCCUAUGGAAAUGUCUGUGUUUUUGAGGGAACAUCUCAACUACUGGUACAGCCUGAAGGCCUAUUACCUUGCCAAAACUAUGGCAGACAUACCGUUCCAGGUGAUUUGUCCAAUCCUUUACUGCAGUAUUGUGUACUGGAUGACGGCGCAGCCACCUGAGGCAGGUCGCUACCUACUUUUCAUGGCCUUGUCUACAUCCACAGCCCUGGUAGCGCAGUCCCUGGGUCUCCUUAUAGGGGCUGCAUCAACAUCUCUUCAGGUGGCAACGUUUGUGGGUCCAGUCACAGCCAUACCUGUCCUCCUCUUCUCUGGCUUCUUUGUCAAUUUUGACACCAUUCCCAAAUACCUCCAGUGGAGCUCUUAUGUCUCCUAUGUCAGGUACGGCUUUGAAGGGGUGAUACUCUCAAUCUACGGGAUGAACCGGUCAGAGCUUGAAUGUCCGGACUUACAAGUGUGCAAGUUCCAAAAGCCAGUAGAGGUCCUGCAGCUGCUGGACGUGGAGGACGCAAAGCUCUACGUGGACUUCAUUGUGCUUGGGGUUUUCUUCGUGAUCCUCAGAUUGGCCACUUACCUGGUCCUGCGCUACAAAGUCAAGUCCAUGCGUUAAGACAUCCAUCGGCGACCGCUGGUGGAUUCGGACGCUCGUAACAUAUCCCGGCAGUGUGAGAUAGUAAGAAAACACGUAGUCUCUCUUUCACUGUCUCUACUUCACACACAUGUACAAAAGACGUACACAAAUCCAGCAUGUGCAGUCAUCCCACAGCUGCUCUGCAUCAUUACCCAAAUACCUUUCAUUACGGCUUGAAAUACAACAAAAUGGAAAGUUUAGACUGUGACAAAUGGUGUUCUGCCCCCUGCCCAUUGCUAGUUGUCCUUCAGGUAAUAGUAUUUCUCAGAUCACCAUUACUUCCCCGCAAUAUUGUGUAUUUCCACCGUACAUAAACAGAAUGCUCAGCAAAGUAGCAGAAAGCAUGUUUCAUUGAACUGAGAAAUGCAGAUUUAUACUUGUUCCUCCACACCAGGAAAGUGCCAUGUGAAUAAUGAAGUGUCCAGUGACAUGUAGCUUCUCAACCCAAUGCCUGAGGAGGAAAUCCUAGGCGAACGUCGGAAUCCUGGUAGUUGAUACUCAAUUGGAAAACACCCAUGAAGACAUCCGAGGAACAAGAUUAAAAAAUUCAGGAGAAGAGGUCAAAGCGCCAGGAAACUUCAGAUUGGCUUCUCUCUCACCUGGAGGAUCAUCUUAUUAGUCAUCAUCACCAAGAUUGUGGACACGGUGGCUUUUCUUGAUGGAAUACAGCCCUAAAACUAAUUGACUGUCAGUGGGACUUUCCACUCUUUCCCUUUGUAGUGUGAUCAUUUUCACGAGCCUUCUGCCCUGAUAUUGUCAACGGUAGAAUGUUCAGAUGGGGAUGAGAUGUCCAGCAGUGACACUGAUCUGGAAACACCCUUGGACCAACGAGUCCUUACCUGCUCCUUGUUAUAGCACGUAGGGUUUUCCCACAACAUACACUGAAGCGGGAGCAAAAUGUGAAGGCAAGCGUGACAGCCGUCUCCAGCCUGACGCAGACAUCUUUCUCAAUCAUACUGCUUACACAGAGAGCAUGGUGUUUGAGGGUGAAACGCAAAAGCCUAUUCUAAAAAAAAAACAACUAAAAUGUGAUGUUUGACUAAUCGGUGAAGCUCUUUUGACACAAAUCAUUGAACUGCUUGUUUCCACUCGUCAGAUUCUUCAGCUGCCGCCUCCAGCUGAGCUGCGAUGGGAAGUGUCCCUUUUUUCCUCUCCUUCUCUUCCUCUCUGCUUUGCUGAUGUCUGACAAGAUGUGUGUUGUCCAAAAACAAUGCCAGAUACUGGAACUGCUGGCUGGGCAGAUUGUGUGCCUCUGAGCUAGAAUGAUUUGAGUUUCCUCUGCUUCAUUGUUUGCAUAUACACCUUAUGUCAGCAUACUGUACAUGCUGUCUCUCUCUCUCACACACACACACAUGUAUACACAUGCACGCAAACAAACAUACACACACACACACACACACACACACACAAACACACCCUUGUAAUGUUUAGAAACCUGCCUUUGUCACAGGGCAAUGCAAAAUUUUCCAAUAGACUUGCUAUGAAAUAUUUCUUACUCAAACUAUGCUACUUAGUAAUCCUUAUUAUAAUGCAUAAACUUAUGUGAGCAUAUAAUCAAUGAUUGUACAGUGAAUAUGUCAUGCUGUAAACAAAUGUACAUUUGCACUUUUCAAUGUAUGUUUAAAUUUUCCUUUUUUUUAUUUGGGUUCAAUUUCCUUUUUAUAUCUAUCUAUGUGACGAGUGCUGCUUGAAAGUAUAAUGGGAAAAACAGCAACUGAAUGUUGCAUGAUCACUUUAGGAAUGAAGUUUAUGAAAUAUGAAAUUUCAGAGAAUAGCAAACCGAGUUUUACUCCAUCAUCCAAAUGUAUGUACCCUGCGGUGUUCGAGGAGACGCUAGUCCUCUGUUUUCUGAUGAGCGUUUUUAGAAUCUCUGGAAUCAAAUGUGCAUAGCUGGUGUAGAUAAAAAAAAAAAGAAAGAAUCACAAGUUGUGGAAGUGAAGUAGAAGUAGGUUAAACAUGCCCGAUGGAAGAAUAAACAACCAAAUGUAUGGUUGUGUAGCUGAUGACACUGGUGGUAGGGAGCAGCUGGGUCGGAGAGAAAUCCCUGAUCUGCCUCAGUGUGGUGGCAGCAGGUACUGAUCUGCAUCAAGAGACGGCUGCAGCAGCUGAGGCUCGGAUUCUGUCGUUAAUAGCAAUAGUCACCAUUGUGUAAUUGAAUUGUUACAUGUAUACCUCCCACUGCUGUGGCAUUAGAUGUGUAUAUGUUUUGUAGCAACAACUUGAUUAGAGUCAUUUUGUUCCUAUACCUGUUGUUUUAUUAUGUGCAAUAACCAUCCAAAGUUUAACUCUGUGAGACCACCUUCAUGAAGAGAAAUGUGAUGCUGCAAUCCGAACUUUUUCAUCUUUUUUUUUCAGUUUGGUAUCUGUUGCUUCAGUUAAGUAAGAAUUUGGUGCACAUACUGACAACAUAAUGAUUUGACAAGGGGGGUGAGAGCACAUGGGCAGACGCUGUCAGUUCAUUAUCAGAACCUGUCAAAAUAAUUGGUUCUCAAGUCAGUGCAAGAAACUUUGUAGCACGAGGGGAAGUCAUGCAUAAAGUAAUUUUUAACCGCCAACACAGCAGAAAUGUGAUUUGACCUUCCUCAAAUUAUAUCAAAAAUUCACGAGCUCAUAACGGACCUGCAGCAAUGACUUUGUAAAACAAAAAAACUGAAUUUAGAAAAGAGACAGCUCCAAGCUGGAAACAAAGCGGGGAUAAUUAGCAAGUGCUGAAGUCAUUAACCAGUCCGGGAGAGUCUCUGCCUAAGGUCUCGAGGCCUGUGGUACCAAAGAAGAAACAAAUCAUACUUCCUCUGCUGCAGGACAUGCACUAAAUAAUUUCAUCUUAAUGCAAAGUAAUCCUGUGUAAAUGAAUGAUCACGGAGGUGUUACUGCUGGAUGCAGCUGAUGAGCCUAUUCACUUUCUUUGAUGCUUUUAUUCAUCAAGCCACUAUUUGCCUGCUCGUCAUAAUAAGCCACCGGAUUCUAGUGCACUCAUUGCAUGGUGAAUAAUAAUAUGCAGGUGAUCCUGACAGAAAACUGAUUGAAAAGUUAAUAUUGCAAUGGAAGGCUGUUUAACACAUGUUCUUUUUGUUUAUUUUUUGUCAGAUAUAAUUUGUUUAACAUUUGCAUUUUAAUUUAUGGUUUCUCAUCUGAAAAAAUGCAAAUUCUGUGUAAUGAAUGCUGUU